AGCCUUUUUUUUGUUUUUUUAGCCUUUUUUUUCCCUAUCCCUACAAUUCAUAAAUUAGUUGCUACUUUGUGGGUUUCAUAAAGACAGAAGCGACUUACAACAGCUUGGGUUGCACCUGAUCAACAACUUCUCACCGGCUUUACAUCAAGCGAUUAUUGUCGCUUUCAUUUGUUUUCGUCUGCACCUGAAACUUUUUGGGUCAUAAAGUAUUCUUUCCUGAAAUUCUUAAUUGGUAAUUUUUUUAGGUCGUUCUUUGUCGUUAUUUUUUUUUUUUUUUUUAGGUUUGCACUAGGAAGAAUUCUAACGUUCUUUGACAUUGUCGAUCUCUAUUGAAAAUCUAAUUACAUCUAGAUGUUUCUUUCUCGUGUUAUUUUUCUAACAAAUUAAAAGAAGGGAAAGUAACGUCAGCAAUCAAUCAUAUCACUUCCACGAUGGCUGGCAUAGAGAAACCAAAGCCUCUAAAGGUCUUUGGAAGAACUCAUUAUGCAUGUACUAGAUGCAAAUUAUCCAAGAUUCGUUGUUCAGGUGAAAAACCGGCUUGUGCCAAUUGCAAGAGUGUUAAUAAGGAAAAUGCUUGUGUGUAUCCUAAUAGAGAUCGAAAAAUCGUGAUUAUGGAAAGUGAUUUGAAUAAACUUCAUGAUCGAGUGGGGUAUUUAGAAUCGUUGGUGAAAAGUAAUAAUUUACCAUUUCAGUCACAAUCAGAAAGUAAUAAUACUAACACAGCGCCGCCUUCUAACGAAGUAUUAAAUAAGCCUUCACAAUCUUAUAAUUUUAAUCAAAAUUAUCUCUUACCUGACAUAGAAAAUGAUUACCUUCAAUUUAAGUUAUUGGCUUUAUGUUGUCAUCGUUUACCCGAGAAAGAAUAUGCUCUAUGCCUUAUAAAUAAAGUAUAUAAUACUUAUUCUUCCGAAUUCUACUUAAUCGAACUUUCAGGGAUUCUGAACUUAAUUGAAGAUAUUUACACAAUUUUUGAUUUGCGUGAUAAAAUUGAAGAAAAAAAAUGGCUUUCAAUGUUAUCCGAAAAAAAUUCCUCGGUUUCUUUAUGUUACUUGUUUAUAAUUUUUGCAUUUGGUGAACAAUUAUUAAAUGUUAGUUCUACAUCUCCAAACUCUCCAAGAUUGAUCGAUAAUACUUCCAAUGCAACAAAAUCAAAACAAAAGAUUCCUGGUAUUGAUUACUAUUUGUUGGCUGCUCAAUUAUUUAGAUUGACUCAAGAAGAAAUAACCUAUCAAUUCAUUCAAAGUGCUCUUCUAUUGGCUUUAUAUUCAGCUAACCUUAAUAGGUAUAAUACGGUCUACAAUUACUUUGGGGUUGCUGUUCGAUCUGCUGUUGCAAAUGGUUUCCAUCGGCAACGAGAAUCUCCGGCUUUCGAGGAUGAAUACUCUAAACUGUUACAAAAAAUCAAUGAUGAAAAAGCUAAAAGACUUUGGUGGUCAAUUUUUGUUAUUGAUACUGUUUGGGCUUCCAAAAUGAAUAUGCCAGUUCACAUAGAAUAUACUGAUACAGAUGUUGAUCUUCCAAUUGAAAAUGGCGUGGUGGAUUUGGGUGACGGCUUUAAUAGUGAAAUAUUAGAAGUUAAUGUUCAUCUUACAAAAUAUAUUGCAAAAUUCAUUAAGAUUAUUUAUGGCCCAAAUAUAAGAACGUUCUCCAUUAAUUAUAUCAAUACCGAUCAAUUCAACCAAAAAUUAUUAAUAAAAAAUAUCCUUCAAUGUCUUGAUGACCUAAUUGACUCCUUUGAAGUUCCUGUUCUUAGUCCUUACAAAUCUUAUAAUGUCAUUGAACCUCAUGACAGAAAUAUUGGAAAUUUAUUUCUUCGAUUCCAUCAGCUAAUGAUUAUAAUUACAAAACCACUUCUAUCCCUUGUAUUCAAUGCUAAUUCAGCAAUCUUGAUUGAGAAUAAACAAGAAAUUGAAUUGGCUAAUGCCAGAGGUUUGCAAGCUGCAACAUCUACCAUAGAAAUCAUCUUGAAAUUUUACGAAUUUGAUAAAUUGUUUGUUCUUGGAUUUUGGGAUAGUCAACACUUAUUUGCUGCAUUAUCAUUUUGCAUCAUGGUUCAUUGUGCGAAGGCGACAAAUGAAGAGUUAAUUCAAAAAGCUAUCGCCUUAUUGGGGUUCAUGUCAAAAAACAAUAAUAUAAAUGCCCAAAAUUGUAUGAAAAAAUUAUACCUAAUUUCUCAAGUAUUAAACGGUAUUCCCGAAAUGAGUUUUCCAUACGACUUGAAUGCUGAUAUCACAGAAUUUAUAACUAAAAAGGUUGAUCCUGGGUCUAAUCAAGUUAUUGAUGAGGUUUUCAAUCCCUUUAUGGAUAAGCCUCAACCAUCAGAAUCUAUAACACCGGUUGGAUUGUUUGAAAAUUCUCGCAUUAGUGUACUUAGUAAUGAGUCACGAAAUUUGUUGUCUUCCUUAAUCAAUACCAUACAAAGCUGGGAUAAUUUUAAAGGUUUGCCUAUUCAUAUUUAUGGUACUGCAAGGACAAGUAACACUAUCAAAAAUCUGGUUUAAUAUACGAUCUUAC